GGAACAACGAGUGAGGACUGAGGCCGACUGGCUCUUGGGCUGUUUCUAAACUACUCGAUAAUUCGCAUAAUUCGCCUAAAAUAAUUUUUGACAAUAUAAAAAAAGAAAAAAAAAAAUUAUAAAAAUCACUUAAAAUUGUAAAAUGGUACACCGUUGCAUUUGUCGUUUACUAAAAAAUUCAACAAUCGUUACAACAAAUUAUCGUUGACUAAACAAUCACAUAAAUAAUCAUUCGAAUAAUUGUUAAAAAGAAAAAAAAAUUAUUUUCGUAUAAAAGAAAAAAAAAACAGUUCAACUUUUUCGUAUUUUUCCAAUCAACGUAAUGGAAUUUUUGUUGAAUUGUCUAUAAUUUACAUUGUAAAUAUUUAAAAAAUUGUUAACUUAUUGUUAUCAUGUUAUUAAAAAUUUAAACUUAUCUCCAAAAAAGAAACCGGAUUAUCGAGUUAUUGAUUUUUAUACUCUUCUAUUUGUUUUGUUGUUAAAAAAAAAAAGAAAAGUCUAUUGAGUAUUUUAGGGCUGAGUCAAAUUGUUAAUAUAUUGUUGUUAAUUUUUAUAAAAUACAAUGGUUUCUGGUGAUACGAAUUUUCGUAAUGGUGAUAAUCGUGAUAGAAAUGGACAUGUGCUGGUAUGGGAACAAGCCGGUCUAGAUGAUAACGAUGGCCAAUCACGAAAAGAACCAGGUUUUUUUAAAAAAACACGACAUUUUGUAACGUUAAUGCUUUUUUUUGGUAUGGCAAAUGCUUAUAUAAUGAGAACAAAUAUGUCAAUAGCAAUUGUCGCAAUGGUUGAUCCAAAUUAUAUUGAAAAAAAAGUUAAUGUUACAAAUGAAUGUCCAAAUCUUCCAUUAAUAAAUAAUCAUACAGACAAUAAUAUGCCAAAAGGAAAUUACAAAUGGGAUCAUAAAACUCAAAGCUGGGUACAAAGUUCAUUUUUUUGGGGAUAUGUUUUAACUCAAAUACCAUUUGGUAUGCUUGCCAAAGAAUAUGGUUCAAAAUAUUUUCUUGGUAUUGGAAUGUUGAUAAAUUCAUUGGCUGCACUAUUAGUACCAUGGUCUGCUGAUAUGGGAUAUUUGGAAUUGAUGAUUGUACGAUUUAUUCAGGGUCUUGGUGAGGGUCCAAUUGUGCCGUGUACUCAUGCGAUGCUUGCCAAGUGGAUACCACCAAAUGAGAGAAGCAGGAUGGGUGCCUGGGUCUAUGCUGGUGCACAAUUUGGUUCUGUUGUGUCAUUACCAUUAAGUGGUCUUUUAGCAAGAUAUGGUUUUGCUGGUGGUUGGCCAUCAAUAUUUUAUGUAUUUGGUAUUGUUGGCGCAAUAUGGUGUAUUGCAUUUUUAUACUGGGUUUAUGAAGAUCCAGAAAAACAUCCAACAAUAACUAGUGCUGAAAAAAAAUAUAUUCUCAGUUCAGUAUGGGGAAAUGCUGAAUCAAUAUCACCACCAGCACCUUACAAAUCAAUUCUUAAAUCAUGGCCAUUUUGGGCAAUUUUAAUUGCUCAUAUGGGACAUAAUUAUGGCUAUGAAACUAUUAUAACACAAUUGCCAACAUUUAUGAAUCAAAUAUUACGUUUUGAUAUUAAAACGAAUGGUUUAACAUCAGCUCUUCCACCUUUGGCAAUGUGGAUAUUUUCAACAUUUAUAUCAUUCAUUGCUGAUUAUAUGAUUUCAAAUGGUCAUUGGAAUCAUACGUUAACUAGAAAAAUAGCAAAUAGCAUUGGUUUAUAUGGUCCAGCAUUAUUUUUCAUGGCUGCAUCAUAUACUGGCUGUAAUCCACCAAUAACUGUUGCAUUUAUAACACUUGGUCUUGGUUUAAAUGGUGGUAUUUAUUCUGGUUUUAAAGUUAAUCAUCUUGAUAUAUCACCAAGAUUUGCUGGUAUACUUAUGUCAUUGACAAAUUGUCUUGCUAAUUUGUGUGGUCUUCUUGCACCAAUUGCUGCACCUUGGAUCAUUGGCAAUCAUCCAUCGUUGGAAAAAUGGAGAUGGGUAUUUGCUGUUUGUGCAGCAUUUUAUUUUUUUGGUGCUACAUUUUAUAAUAUUUUUGGAUCUGGCGUUAGACAAACGUGGGAUAAUCCUGAUGAUGAUAAAAAAAAUAAGGAUGAAAAAAAUAUUGAACUACAAGAAAAAAAAUAUGAAAGUUUAGAACAAAAUAAUGAUAAUCAAAAUACUGAAGCAAUAACAAUUGAUAAUUAAAUUUUUUUUUUAUUUCAACAUGUUAUAAAAUAUUUAAUUUUCAUUUUUAUAUGUACAUUUUUGUUUUUUCUUUUUUUUCGAUAAUCAUGAAUGAAUAAUAGUUUAUCCAAUUUCAAUAUAUUUUUUGUCAUAAAUAAUUUUUUUAAAUUGAUAAAUUAUUCAUGUUUUAUUGGAUAAAUUAUUAACUUAUUUAUUUAUUUUAUUAUUUCUUACUUUAUACAAUGAAUAAAUAUUUUUUUUCCUCAUUUUCAUACUUACCAAAUAGAAAAUUAAUUAAACAAGAAUGAAUCAUGUGUGUGUCUUGAAUAAUAUGUCAGUUGAAAAAGAAAAAAUAAAUUAAAACUGUUAUCUUUUGCUGGGUAAUCUCAGAUAAACCAAACUGUAUAUAACUAUUAUAAUUACAAUUACACAUGUUAGCUCGGUUAAAGCAUGGGCUUAUGUUACUUAACACAUAAAUUUUAUACACAAAAAAAAAAGAAAACGUUCAAAAAAUAAAAAAAAUUCUAAAGACUGAUUUUACUUGUCUCUGUAAAAUUAAAAAUAAUACUUAUACUUAUUUUGUAGUUGCUCAGAUAAUUUAUUAAUGAAAGUAACA